AUGCCACCGAAAAAAUCUAACCUCAACAACGCGAGCAGCAAAGGGUCACGACGCAAACGUGUUGAAAGAGCUCAGCAAUUACCAGAACAAAUCGAAACAAGAAAUGCAGCUCAAAGAAUCAGGACUGCAGAAAGUCGUGCACGAGAAUCUCAAGAACAGCGUGACGAACGUAUGCAACAGAAUAUUACGAGAACAAGAGCGGCACGAGAACGAAACAUAGCUACAGUACGAGAAAGAGAUCGACAAAGGCAACGGAUCAGCCGCUCAUUAACACGUGCAUCAUUCGUUAGGCUUGCCUUUGAAUAUGCACCAGAUAUUAACUACUCAGCGCAUUCAAAAAUUGCUAUCGGUAGAAUGGAUAAAGUAUGUCAAUAUUGUCAGGCAUUGAAAUUUCGGAAUGAAGGAGCCGGCAUGUGCUGCGCAUCAGGAAAAGUUGUGCUGUCACCUCUACCCGCUCCGCCGGAGCCUUUAUUAUCCCUUCUUACUGGCAAUUCAGAUGAUUCCAAAUUAUUUUUGCGUAAGAUACGCAAAUUUAAUUCUUGCUUCCAAAUGACGUCAUUUGGGGCAACUAAAAUUUGCGAUCGUGCAUCCGAUGGACGUAAUUUUGAAACUACAUUCAAAAUUCAAGGCCAGGUGUACCAUAAAAUCGGAUCACUGAUGCCAAUGCCUGAUAACAAUCCGAAAUUUCUUCAAAUUUAUUUUAUGGGCGAUUGUGAAGAGCGUGUGACGACUCGGUGCCUGUAUAAUUUUAUUGAACAAGCAGAGGAAAGAGCAAUUGUGAUAUUAUUGGAAAAUUUUUUAGAAGAUCACAAUCAACUAAUUCAAUUGAUCAAAAGAGUUUCGCCACGACUGCAAAAUGACAAUUAUCAAAUCGUCAUAAAAGCCGACAAAGUACCAUUAGGUGAACAUGCUGGUAGAUUCAACGCUCCAACUGUUGAUGAGGUUGCUGUUAUCAUGGUUGGUGAUCCAGUUGACAAAAGAUCUAUACAAAUUACACGCCGAGACAACACUGUCAGUACGAUUUCGGAUCUACACCGUUCAUAUGACGCACUACAAUAUCCAUUGAUAUUUUGGCAAGGACAAGAUGAAUAUCACCUUAAUAUCAAACAGUAUGAUCCAAAUACCGGUGAUUACAGAAAUAAUAAAGUUAGCUCAAUGAACUACUACGCACACCGAAUAAUGGUUAGACAACAUCAAGACAAUUAUAUCCUUCGAUAUCGUCAGCUGUUCCAUAAAUACAUUGUUGAUAUGUAUGCUAAGGUUGAAAGCGAACGCUUGCGAUUCCUUCGAUUUAACCAGGCAAAACUACGAUCGGAAGAAUAUAUUCACUUACGAGAUGCUGUUGUUGGAAACAUCGAUGGAAAUUUAAAUCCCAAUGACAUCGGUAAUGCUUUCAUUUUACCUUCAAGCUACAUCGGCAGUCCAUGGAACAUGCAGGAAUACAUGCAAGAUGCGAUGACUUACGUACGUCAUUACGGCCGACCGGAUUUAUUUAUUACAUUCACAUGUAAUCCGAAUUGGGAAGAGAUACAAACUUUACUAUUGCCAGGACAACAAGCCAUUCAUCGUCAUGAUUUAACUGCACAGUGGCAAAAGCGAGGUUUGCCUCAUGCCCACAUUUUGGUUUGGCUUAAAGAUAGAAUCCGUCCUGAAGAAAUCGAUCAAAUAAUUUCAGCCGAAAUUCCAGACCCAUUAAUUGAUCAAGAAUUAUUUGAUAUUGUCACCAAACACUGA